AGACCCCGCCCAGCCCAACAGGAAGACAACAAGCUUCCAAGCGUUAAUACGAUGCACGUUCUCUGCUGUAGGUGCUAAUUACAGAUUUAAUCUUCGCCCAGUGGCGAGCAACUCAGUAAAAUGCCCUUAUUUGAUGGGUUGGGAAGUGGAGGAGAGAAGACCGCCAUCGUCAUUGAUUUAGGAGCAGCGUACACGAAAUGUGGCUUUGCAGGGGAAACGGGGCCCAGGUUCAUAAUUCCGAGCGAGAUCCGGAAACCGGGACAGCAACAGGCCAUCAAAGUGGUUCAGUACAACAUCAACACAGAAGAGCUUUAUGUCAUCCUCAAAGAGUUUAUCCAUAUACUGUACUUCAGGCACCUGCUGGUGAACCCUCGCGACAGAAGAGUGGUCAUCAUAGAGUCCAUCCUCUGCCCGUCCCACUUCAGGGAGACACUCACCAAGGUCUUCUUCAAACAGUUUGAGGUUCCCUCUGUGCUAUUUGCUCCAAGUCACCUCAUGGCCAUCAUGACUUUGGGCAUCAACUCUGCGCUGGUGAUGGACUGUGGACACACAGAGACGCUGGUGCUGCCUGUAUAUGAGUGCACUCCUAUUCUUCCAGCGUGGGAGGCUUUGCCACUAGGAGGGAAAGCCAUCCAUAAAGAAUUGGAUGGUCUCCUUGUGGAGCAGUGCACCGUGGACACCGACACCACCACUGGACAGAGUGUACCAGCCGUCAUCGGAACCAUCCCAGAAGAGACCGUAGAGGACAUCAAGGUGAGAACAUGUUUUGUAAGUGACCUGCAGCGAGGCCUCAAGAUCCAGGAAGCCAAAUUUAACCUGGAUGGUACAGCAGAGCGUCCUGCUCCUCCUCCAGAUGUUGAUUAUCCUCUGGAUGGCGAGAAAAUUCUGCAUGUCAAAGGAUCCAUCAGGGACUCUGUGAUGGAGAUCCUGUUUGAGCAGGACAAUGAAGAGAAGAGUGUGGCCUCCCUGAUACUUGACGCUCUAGUCAAGUGCCCCAUCGACACCCGUAAAGUUCUGUCUGAGAACCUGGUGGUGAUUGGAGGCACCGCCAUGCUGCCCGGCUUCCUGCACCGCCUGCUGGCUGAGAUACGCCUCCUGGUGGAGAAACCCAAAUACAGCGACGUGUUGGCCAGCAAGAGCUUCCGCAUCCACGCUCCUCCAGCCAAACCCAACUGCACCGCCUGGCUCGGAGGCGCCGUCUUCGGGGCCCUUCAGGACAUCCUGGGCAGCAGGUCGGUGUCGAGGGAUUACUACAACCAGACGGGUCGCAUCCCAGACUGGUGCUGCCUGAGUUCUCCUCCUCCUGAAUCUUUGUACGAAGCAGGAAAAACUCCACCUCCGCUGAUGAAGAGAGCGUUCUCCACAGAGAAGUAGAACAUGCCGUAACAUAAAUUAAACUCCGGUUCAGUAAUCCUUCAUGAGACAUCUCUACUCUUGUCUUUUUAAUGUGUUAACUACGCAAACAGCUCCAGAUGUGUGUAGUGUUGAGGUGUUAACUUUGUUUUUCUAUGUACCGAUCGUGGUCCGUUUGACAUGAGGGGAGCAGACAGUCGGAUUUUAGGCUGUUGGAUUAAUAUUGCACAAGAAACAUUACAGUGUUAAAACUUUACAAUGUGCUACGUGCAGCGACGACUGAAUCUGUACGUGAUUCCUCUCACUCUUCUGUAUUUUGGUUCGGCAGAAAUAGUUCAGAUGAUUUUAGUCAUCCAUUCAUCAGCAAACUGACAGAAAAUGUUGCUCAACUCUGGAGAAGCUGACGUUGCUUCAGUGUGAUGUGUAGCUCUUACUCUUUAAUCAUUCCUCGUGGAGUUUUCAGAAAAGAAAAACUGUUGCAUUUAUUUAUUGUCAGUUCUUCGCUGUGUGAAGUGACUUUAAAUACAUUUAAACUCCUGCACACACUCAAAGGUUUCCUCCGUCGUUCAUAAUGAGCAUUUUCUCUGGUUUAAGGCUACGUUCUCACUAAUAUACUUUCAUUUUAAAAUGCAAAACUUCUGCUACUUAUUGUCCACGUGACUUGGCCACAUGCUGAGCCCAGUAGUGUGUUAAUGCGUGGACAUUUUGCCACAUAGCGACCCCUUAUUGCUUCAGCCUGUGAUCGCACACUGCUAAAAACUGGCCUUUUACACGGGAUUUAUCCAACAGUUUAGGCUUAGCUGAGUAAAAGGACUGGAAGCAGGGAGUAUGUUGACUCAUUGAAUUUCAAACAAAUCAGAGCGUUUUUUUUCCCCAUAUAGGAGAGUGAUUGUACAGUAAGGUGUAGUCAGACUGUUCUGCAGCACUGAAUGGUCUGACUAUGCAUACUGGUGAUAUUGACACUAAUACUAUCUUAAAAUGCACAAUUUCUGCUUUGUUUAUGUUUUAUUACCCUAAAGUGACGACUUUUGGAAACAUGACUCACCUUGUUGUUUAUUGGAAAGCUUUGGGGUUGUGUUUUAGUCUGGACGGGCAGAAAAUGAGGAAACAGUGACGCAGGUCUGACUGUUCCUUAAUUCAUCACACUCCUAAUUCUGUUUUUCUGAAAACACAAAGACAUCAGAAUAACUACCAGCAGUUAAUUCAACAUUGGCGAUGAAUUUCAGAUGUUUGCUGACCUCUUUGUUUCUUUUUUAGACCUGCAUGACCAGUGUAGAGGUGAUUUUUAGCCGUGUUAGUAUGCAGAAUAUGCCAUUGUAAAAUGGUACCGUAUUAAUGUGACCGUAGCCUCAUUUAAAAGACAAACAAACGUACAUGUUGUCCUGCUCUUACAGGUGCAUUUAGAUGGUUAUUUAAUCACCACGUGUCCUAACGAGAGAAUUAAUCAGAAAAUAACUGGGAAUACCUUUGUGUGUAGUUUGUCAUUUAAAACACCCUUCAAACAGAAAUCUUGCUCUGUAAUACACAAAAACUGUCAUUACAACAAAUAAACAUUCAUUAUUCAGA